UGGACAUCUUCACGUAACAGUCGCACCGGUCGCGAGGCAAUCCAUUCCUGGAUCAUGGGCUACAUCAAGAAGCUCAUCGGACGUGAGGCCUCUCGCACAACCAAGGGCGGAAUGCUGCAGUCGCGCAAGAUGCAACUCGACGAAGCUUUCGUCUUGAACUUCAGCCUGACGAAGAUACACGAGAGCCUGAGACGGCUGUGUCCAAUUAUGACCGAGCUGUUGUGGGAGUUCGCAUCGACGACGAGACAGAGGAAUAUGCCAAGUGAGGCUUCGAUAGCUCGUAAGGAUAUGGUAUGUUUUCCUGACCUUAUAGUGGUAUGAUAUGCCCG